AUGAGUUCACCACUCAAACAAGAUCAUCAUAUAGGGGAGGACAGGCACAUUGUGCAGGAUGAUGCCUCGGCGGAAGAAGUAGGGGUGGUUAGACAGCAGGAGACGUACGCCUUUGAUGAGUCGCGCAAGAUUGGUGUCACCGGGGCAGUCUUUCUCAUCCUGAACAAGAUGAUCGGUACCGGAAUCUUCUCGACCCCCUCCGGAAUCUUCCAGUCCACCGGCUCCGUCGGCGUCGCCCUCAUGCUAUGGGUCAUCGGCGGCGUCCUGACCUUCUGCGGCAUGAGCGUCUUUCUCGAGUUCGGCCUCGCCAUCCCCCGCUCCGGCGGCGAGAAGAACUACCUCGAGCGCGCCUACAAGCACCCCAAAUACCUCGCGACCUGUGUCCUCGCCUCGCAGAUGAUCCUCCUCGGCUUCUCGUCCGGAAACUCCCUCGCCUUUGGCCGAUACAUCCUCUUCGCAUCAGGGUCCGAGUCCCCGGACGGUUGGACUGCUCGUGGCAUCGGCAUCGCUGGCGCCACCUUCGCCGUCGGCAUCCACGCGAUUACACCCAAAUGGGGCAUCCGGCUAUUCAACGUCCUGGGCGUCUUCAAAGUUAUCGUCCUGCUGUUCAUCGUCUUUUCCGGAUUUGCUGCUUUGGCCGGCCGACGUCGCGUGCCGAACCCCCACAACUUUGAUAAUGCUUUCCGCAUCGAAGAGGGAGAAGGCUACGGCAACGGGGGUGUCUACGGAUACGCGACUGCUCUGCUUCGCAUCAUCUACAGCUACAAGGGCUGGGAGAACGCCAACUACGUCGUCGGCGAGCUGAAGAACCCGCGCAAGACUCUAGCCCUUGCCGCACCCCUGGCCAUCGGUGGUGUAACGAUUCUCUACGUCCUUGCCAAUGUCGCUUACUUUGCCGCCAUUCCCAAAACUCAGCUUGCAACCUCUGAAGUCAUUGUUGCAGGUGUCUUCUUCCGCAACGUCUUCGGUAACAGUGCCGGCGCCAGAGCUCUCCCAGCUUUCGUGGCCAUUAGCAACUUGGGAAAUGUGCUUGCUGUCAGCUUCGCCCACGCUCGUCUAAACCAAGAGCUGGCAAAGGAAGGCCUGCUGCCAUUCAGCACAUUCUGGGCAUCCAACAAACCCUUUAAUGCUCCGGCUGCAGCCCUCUUCUUACACUGGAUUGUCACCGUCAUUGUUCUAGUCGCGCCUCCGGCCGGACCAGCUUACAAUUUCAUUACCGACCUCUACACCUAUCCUGGCGCCUGGAUCAACGCAUUUGUUGGGAUUGGCCUCCUUUAUCUCCAAUGGAGCAAGAGGGAGAAUUGGACAUCGCCUUGGCACACGUACUUCCCCAUCACGAUCCUUUACGUCCUGGCCAAUGUCUUUCUGUGCAUUGUUCCCUUUAUCCCACCUACGGGAUCGUGGACCGCGGAAGGGUACCCGUACUACGUAUUCCCCAUUGUCGGCGUCGGCGUGCUCCUUCUCGGUGCCGUGUACUGGGGAUUUUGGACCAAAUUUUUCCCUGCGAUUGGCGGCUAUAAAAUCGUGGCUGAGAGGACGUACGACCAGGAAGGUCACGAAGUUAUCCGAUAUCGCAAGGUCAGCACGAAGCAUGGCCACUCAGGGCCCAUCGAUUAA